GCUCGUGUCUUCUUAAUCAACGGUGUAUCAGUGAACAAAGCUGCAGAAAUGGAUUUACAUACGGCCGUGUUCAAUGCAGCCAGAGACGGCAAGCUACGGUUGCUUAAGAAGCUUUUGGAGAACAAAACUGGCCUAGAGGUUACCAAAUUAAUGGCAGAGAAAACAAACGGGGCGACCCCUUUGCUUAUGGCUGCAAGAUACGGACACCUGGAUUUAGUGGAGUAUCUUUUGGAGUGUUGCUGCGCACCCGUUGAGGUUGGGGGGUCAGUGAAUUUUGAUGGAGAGACUAUCGAGGGUGCCCCCCCUCUAUGGGCUGCCUCAGCAGCAGGACACCUGAAAGUAGUGCAAUCUUUACUUGGCCACGGUGCCUCUGUGAACGAUACAACACUCACCAAUUCCACCCCCCUGAGAGCAGCCUGCUUCGAUGGACAUCUGGACAUUGUAAAAUACCUGGUAGAGCACAAGGCAGACCUGGAGGUGGCAAACAGACAUGGUCACACAUGCCUCAUGAUCUCGUGUUACAAAGGACACAAGGAAAUUGCCCAGUAUCUCUUGGAGAAAGAUGCUGACGUUAACAGGAAAAGUGUUAAAGGUGAGGUCACACAUUCAAACGUUUAUUUCCCUGCAUUGUAUAUCCCUGGGCCUACCUGAGCAAUGAGAUGAGGCCUAGGACCUGGCAGGUGCUCUGUUUUUAUGUAAUGACGGCUCAAAACCAAAAUGAUGAAACAUUCAGUAAUUUGCUGUUAAAUUCAGAUGACAUUUAUCUGAUGAUACAAUGUGCCAAACCUGUAUACGUUCAUGCUGUUUUUCAGACUUUCUCAAGGUAAAUCCUCGCAUUUGGACAUCUAAUCAGGUCACCUAACAAGCUGGAUUAAUUUGUAUUUAAACCAAUUAGGGGACGUGAUACCACCCAGGCCUGUUCUAAAUUUAAGCCUUACAAUAGCCCACUCACAAGAUCUGUUCCAAUCCAUGAUAUUUGUACCCCCUUGGAAGGUGCUUAGAUUGGCACAUUGCUUACAUCACUCUGGGUUACUCCUAGAGGGAAAGGGUUACAGGCAAGCAUGUGGGAAGACAUUUGCUUACCAAAUUAUCUGACAAACAUAUUUAGUUAUGAAAUGUAGCAAAUGUAACCUUUUUGUCUCUUCACUUAAACAUCUACUUUAAAUUAACUUGAAUAUACAUUUGAAUAUAUUUUUAUAUUUUUAUUUAUUGAAAAUCGUUUCCAGUUUGCAAAACAUGUAUUAGUAUUGCUUUCUUCACAGGUAACACAGCAUUACAUGACUGUGCUGAAUCCGGCAGCUUGGAGAUAAUGAAGAUGCUGCUAAAAUAUGGUGCCACCAUGGAGCGGGAUGGUUAUGGAAUGACCCCACUGCUGUCUGCUAGUGUGACUGGCCACACUAACAUUGUUGACUAUCUGACACAACACCAGCAAACAAACCAAAUGGAGAGGAUAAACGCCCUCGAACUGCUUGGUGCCACUUUUGUGGACAAAAAGAGGGAUCUUCUUGGGGCAUUAAAGUACUGGAAGAGGGCCAUGGACCUGAGAUACAGUGACAGCAAAAAUGUUCUCAACAAAGCAAAGCCAAAGCAGUUGAUCAUGGCCUAUGACUAUGCCAGGGAGGUAAGUAAUGGGGAGGAGCUAGACAGUCUAAUCUCAGACCCAGAUGAGAUGAGGAUGCAGGCCCUGCUCAUUAGAGAGCGCAUCCUGGGCCCUUCCCACCCCGACACCUCUUACUACAUCCGCUACCGGGGUGCUGUAUACGCCGACUCUGGGAAUUUUGAGCGCUGCAUUAACCUUUGGAAGUACGCUCUGGACAUGCAGCAGAGCAACUUGGACCCCCUCAGCCCCAUGACAGCCAGCAGCCUGCUGUCCUUCGCCGAGCUAUUCUCCUUCAUGCUCCAGGACCGCGCUAAAGGCCUUCUGGGCACCUCGGUCUCCUUCGACGACCUCAUGGGCGUCCUCAGUAAGAGCGUGCUGGAGAUUGAACGAGCGGUGAAACAAACCCAGCCUGACCCGGCUCAUCUCAGCAAGGCCCUCUCCAUCAUCCUGCAUCUCAUCUGCCUGCUGGAGAAGGUCCCUUGUACUGUGGAGCAGGACCACUUCAAGAAGGAGACCAUCUACAGGUUCCUCAAGCUGCAGCCCUGCGGUAAGAACGGCUAUAGCCCGCUCCACCUGGCCGUGGACAGGAACACCACCUGCGUGGGCCGCUACCCUGUCUGUAAGUUCCCCUCUUUCCAGGUCACCUCUAUCCUACUGGAGUGUGGGGCGGACGUUAACUGCCGCGACGAGGACAACAACAGCCCCCUGCAUGUGGCCGCCUCCAACAACCACCCGGACAUCAUGAACCUGCUGAUCGCCUGCGGCACGCACUUUGACAGCACCAACUCCCUGAAGCAGACGGCCUGCGACCUGCUGGACGAGAAGGAGAUGGCCAAGAACAUGAUCCAGCCCAUCAACCACACCACCCUGCAGUGUCUGGCUGCACGGGCUAUCAUCAAGCACAGCCUCUGCUACAGAGGCAACAUCCCAGAGAAGCUAGAGGCCUUUGUGCUUCUCCACAGAUAA